UUGACUUCUGACUUGUCUUGCUCUGACUCUCUGUCUCACUUACGAUAUAAGUCGCUCUUCUGGCGCGUGGCUCUCUGCAUUCAUCUUCAAUCAAUGGAACCAUGUUUGCCACAUAAUAGAAUAAAUCUUCCUUUCGACAAGAAGAAGAAGAAUAGUUUGAUGGAUCAUCCAUUCUUUGUUUGCAGAAAAUACCAGAGCUCUUAAUCUUCAACAAAGUCUCCGUCUUUGAUACAGUUUUCGCAACACUUUUCUUGCCUCUGGGUAUUGCUACUUUCACUUGUAAAAGGAGAAACAUCUUAAUUUUGCGGCUGCUUCUGAGGUAUGCUUUCUCUCAAUUCGGGAACGAAUUUUUAAUAGCUUUUAGAUUCUAUCUAAAGCUGAUAUCUUGAUAGGCUACAGUGCUGAUAAGAAAGUGGGUUAGUAAAGAGAACAAAGAUUUCGAUUUCUGUAAGUUUGAAUUUGGAUCUUCUAGGUGGGUUUUGUGUGUGCAAUUUGACGGAUGUUAAUUGUUAAUUGUGAAGACAUUGUGGAGAGGGAAUUGGUGCUUUAUUUAGGUGAAAUUUUGUAUUUUGUGAUUCCUUUCUUUGCACUAAAUCUGUGAACGACCGAUACAUUGAGAAUUAGGAAUAAAUUCGUUGCUCUGGAUUGGGAUUUGGUUCUUUUAGCUGUUGUCAUAAAAUAAUAUCCUGACAUAGGAUAGAGAAGAAGGACCUCGUGGUUUAUUAAAAAGGUUAUAGAUACAUUGAUAAUCACUAGAGGGAAAGAUGCAGCGUGUUCGAUUAUCCUCUCAACAGGCUCCUGUACACAAGCUAGGAGAUUCACAAAUGACAUUAUCUCCAAAGUUUAGAUUAGCCGUAAUUCAAUCUUCUCUAUUGGAUCCUCUAUCAGAGUUGGAAAUGUCUUUAAGGGGAGAACCCCUUAUUCCAGGCCUUCCUGAUGAUGUUGCACUUAACUGUCUCCUUCGGCUUCCAGUCCAGAGCCACUCGGCUUCUAGAGCGGUUUGCAAGCGAUGGCAUCUAAUUCUUGGUAGUAAAGAGCGUUUUUUUACUAGAAGAAGAGAGUUAGGCUUCAAGGAUCCUUGGCUCUUUGUUUUUGCCUUCCACAAGUGCACCGGAAAGAUUCAGUGGCAGGUUCUUGAUCUCACCCACUUCUCUUGGCACACCAUCCCUUCCAUGCCUUGCAAAGACAAGGUUUGUCCCCAUGGAUUCAGAUGUGUUUCGAUUCCUCAUGAUGGCACUCUGUUUGUUUGUGGGGGUAUGGUCUCGGAUGUAGAUUGCCCUCUAGACUUGGUGCUAAAGUAUGAAAUGCAGAAAAACCGUUGGAUUGUGAUGAAUAAGAUGAUCACUGCUAGGUCCUUUUUUGCAAGUGGGGUGAUUGAUGGAAUGAUUUAUGUGGCUGGAGGAAACAGCACAGAUCUUUUUGAGCUGGACUUGGCUGAGGUUUUGGACCCUGUUAAAGGGAGUUGGCAUCCCAUUGCGAGCAUGGGAACAAAUAUGGCCUCUUAUGAUGCAGCAGUUCUUAAUGGAAAGCUUCUUGUCACAGAAGGCUGGUUGUGGCCUUUCUACGUCUCUCCUAGGGGUCAGGUUUAUGACCCAAAAACUGAUCAUUGGGAGAGCAUGUCAGUUGGACUGAGAGAGGGCUGGACAGGUUCGAGUGUAGUUGUUUAUGGUCACUUGUUUGUGGUCUCAGAGCUCGAAAGGAUGAAGCUUAAGGUUUAUGACACAGAUACAGAUUCUUGGGAACCAAUAGCUGGACCUCCUUUACCAGAGCAGAUAUGCAAACCCUUUGCUGUAAAUGCCUGUGAUUGCAAGAUCUAUGUUGUGGGGCGAAACCUUCAUGUUGCAGUGGGUUACAUCUCUAGGCUUAACCAGAAAGGCAUUUCCGAUAAGAAGGGAAGCUUUGGUGUUCAGUGGCAUGUGAUUGAUGCACCAAAUUGUUUUUCUGAUUUGACACCCUCAAGCUCUCAGGUUCUGUUUGCUUAGAUAUUUCAUUUUCCUCUGAUCUUGUUGUUCUGUACGUUCUUAAAUAAUUCAUAAUUUUAUAUACGGUGGUCAAAGAUGUAGAGUGCUGAUGUGUGAAAAGGGUCUCAGUGGUUUUUGGAAUGUGUUGAAUCUAUGAUCAUUCAACUUCUGUUAUGUUCUUGAAUUGCUACCCAACUGCUCAAUGAAUGGUAUGUUCUGUUGUUAUAAAAUUUAUACUAAUUUGAAAACUCUUAUUUCUUCCCCA